GUGUAUUUCACCACCACAGAAACUUUCAUUCUCAGCUUCUUCUUUGCUUCUGUGUUGCUUAGCUUUGUCCUAAAAUGGAUUUUUCUCUCAAGCCUCUUGCUUUCCUCCUUUGCUGUUUGCUUCUCUGGCAAACUCAGACUGAUGCUUCAACAUGCAGUGACUGCUUCACCCAAUCAAGGGCAGCUUACUACCCAAACUCUGAUGUGAAUGGAACAGAAACUGGGGCAUGUGGAUUUGGAUCAUUUGGAGCAACAAUCAAUGGCGGCGAUGUAUCGGCGGCAUCUGAUCUCUACAGAGGUGGUGUAGGUUGUGGUGCUUGCUAUCAGGUGAGAUGCACCAAUGCUAAGUAUUGCUCAGACAAUGGAGUAACUAUAGUCAUCACAGAUAGUGGCUCAAGUGAUCACACUGACUUUAUACUUAGCAACCACGCCUACAGCAAGAUGGCUCAGACCAAAGAUGCAGCUGCAUCAUUACUAGCCCUUGGUGUGGUUGAUAUUGAAUAUAGACGUGUUUCAUGUAGCUACCCAAGCCAUAAUAUGACAAUCAAGAUUGAUGAGAGCAGCAACUACCCCUACUACCUGGCCUUUGUUAUAUGGUAUCAACAAGGCAACAAGGAUAUCACUGCUGUGCAGCUGUGUGAGACCCAAAAUUAUUCAUGUAAGCUGUUGGAUCGGACUCAUGGAGCUGUAUGGGCGACUACCAUGCCGCCGAGUGGACCGCUGUCAAUAAGGAUGCUUUUAAGCGGCAGUGAUGAUGGAGAUGAGACAUGGAUAGUUCCUGAUAAUAACAUACCACAAGACUGGACGGCCGGAGCCACAUAUGACACUGGAGUACAAGUAGACUUGUAAACAAGCUGAAAUAGAAUGGCUCUCUCAUCGAUUGGAUUUGUGCUAUUGAUGAUCCUGACCUUUUAAUUCUUGUUAUAUUGUUACUUUUACUAUUCUUUCUUUCUUUUUUCGAAGGUUAUUGUAGUUGUAGUUUUCAGUUUGUAACUUGGUAGGUAUGGUGAGGAAGUCUUUAAUCUUGAUUGUAUUCAUAAAAAACAAUAAAUAUGUGAGCUUACGAUUAAUAAAUAAAUGUAUUUUGCAAUCA